AUGAGCGAGGGCAGUGGCAGGGACGGGCCUGGGAGGAGCAGGGAGCGAGAGAAGGUGUGUGGGCGAGCGCAUGUGGGGAGUGCAGGGACGGCAUUGGACUCUAGCGCUGGUGCUGCUAAGAGGGAGGCAGCUGCUGGAGUGUCCAGUGGGAGAGGGGCGGAAGAGGGAGAGAAUACAGGGGUGGCAGGGCGAGGGGAUGAAGGGGAGGAAGAGGCAGGCAAGGCAGGGGCGGUGACAGCAGGGCAGAAACCAGAUGGGGGCGGUGAUGGGGGGAAACUGGGAGGUGCAGAGGGGGAGAAGCAGCGGUCGGCUGAUGGGGAAAAGCAGGGGGACGCAGAGGGGGGGAAACAGGGGGGUGCAGCGGGGGGAAAGCAGGGGGGCGCAGCGGGGGGAAAGCAGGGGGGCGCAGCGGGGGGAAAGCAGGGGGGCGCAGUGAGGUGGUGGGUGGGGGCGCGCAAGGCAACAGGAGUGGGGCCCAAGUCGCUCAGUCAGUGGGCGAAGGGGCGUGGGGGAGGGGCGGAUACGCAGGGGGGGAAGGUGGGAAGUGGAGGAGGGGGCGGAGGUGGUGGUGCUGCUGCUGGCGCUGGUGUUAAUAAUGCUGCUUCUGCUGAUGGAGUCGGUGCUGGUGCUGGUGCUGGUUCUGAUGCUGCUGCUGAUGCCGGUGGUGCUGCUGCUACUACUUCUGCUGCUGCUUCUGCUGACGAUGUUACUGCUGGUGCUGCUGCUGCUUCUGGUGCUGCUGUUUCUGCUCGUGGUGCUAGUGCUGGUGCUGCUGGUGCUAGUGGUGGUGCUGGUGGUGCUGGUGCUGCUGCUGGAGACAUUGGUAAUCAGAGGGGGGAUACAGCCAAGGGAUCGUGUGGGCUGAGAGAAGCUGGGCGGAGAUUCAUUGAUGAUGCUGCUAUUGAAGAUGGGGGGGAGGAGGAGGACGAGGAGGGGGAGGAGAGAGGGGGAGGAGAGGAUGCGGAGGAGGAGGUUAGGGGGAAAGAUUUGAGGGAGAAAGAGCGAGAUGCGAAUUGGGACCGGAUGGAUAUAGAGGAUCUAGGAGAGGAUGAUGGUGAGGGCGAAAGUGAGGGUAACGGAGAUGCUUGUAACGAGGACGAGGGAGAGGGGGGGAUUAACAAGGGGGUGGGAGGUGAGGAAGAAGGGGAAGAGGAGGAAGAGGAGGAAGAGGGGGAAGAGGGAGACGAGGUUGAAGAGGGGGAGGAAGAGGAGGAGGAGGAAGGGUCAGAUGGUGCGUUGGAGAGAGCAGCGCUGCAUAGGCAGUGGGAGGAGGAGGAGGAUGAGCGGGUUCAGGGGGCAGUGAUGGGCGGAGUGCAGGGGGGCUGGGCGCAUGUGCGCAUGGGCAGGCGGAACCAGGGCGGGGGGGUGAGGGGGAGCAUGGGAGUGGGUCUGAUGGGGGAUGGGGAGGAGGAAGAAGAGGGAGAGGAGGAGGUGGAGGAGGAAACGGGGGAGAAUGGAGGGUUGAAGAAAGAGGGAGUGAGGAAGCGAAAGAGUGGAGAGAGUGGGAAGGGAGAGGGAGGGAAAGCGAAAGGGGCAGGUGGUGAGGAGUGGGGGUUACUGGCAAAGAAAGUGAGGAUGUUAAAGGAGAGGGCGGGGGAAGGAGGGACGAAGCAGGGUGGAGAGAGGAAGGGAAUGGAGCAGGGUGGCAAUGCGUGUGGCUUAACUGAGGGUGCUCGCGGUGAUGCUGAUGCUGAUGCUGUUGGUGCGGGGAGGACAAACAGAGGCGAGGGAGAGGAGAUGGACGAUGACACUGCGAGUGACGAUGCUGAGAAUGGCAGCAGCAGCGACAUUGAUGAUAGCAACGGUUUUGGCAGUGGUGACGGUGGUGAUGAGGGCGAUAAGAGCGAUGAGGAUGAUGAUGGCAAGAUGGCAUCGCAAGACCUGGCAGAGCACAUGCGAGCCAAGAGACGCGUAGAGGAGAUGGUGAGUGGGGGAAAGGCAGUGAGUGUGUCGGUGAUGGGUGGGAAAGCUGGUGAGUGGGGGAAAGGAGGUGAGUUGGGGGGAGGUUGGGUGAGGAGUGACAGUGAUAGAAGAGCAACGGAGAGGAGGUGA